CCGGAGUCGCCGCUGCGGCCGCCCAGCGUGGCCGUGGCGCUGCUGGCGCGGAACGCGGCCCACGCGCUGCCGCUGGUGUUGGGAGGGCUGGAGAGGCUGAGCUACCCCAAGGACAGGAUGGCGCUGUGGGUGGCCGUUGACCACAGCGUGGACAACACCUCGGCUCUGCUGGCCGAGUGGCUGGGCCGGGUGCGGGGCCGCUACCACCGCGUCUUCUGGAGACACCAGGAGGAGCCCAGGUCGUUCCCCGACGAGGAGGGGCCCAAGCACUGGAGCCCCGCGCGCUACGAGCACCUGAUGAGGCUGCGCCAGGAGGCCCUGGAGGCUGCCCGGGCCAUGUGGGCCGAUUACCUGCUGUUCCUGGAUGCCGACACCGUGCUGCUGAACCCCGACACUCUGCGGGUGCUGAUGGCCGAGAACAGAACUCUGGUGGCGCCGAUGCUGGACUCGCGCGCGGCCUAUUCCAACUUCUGGUGUGGGGUCACCGCCCAGGGUUAUUACCGCCGCACAGCGGCGUACCUGCCGAUCCGGCGCCGGGAGCGCCGCGGUUGUUUCGCGGUGCCGAUGGUUCACUCCGCGUUCCUGCUGGAGCUGCGCCGGGAGCGCUCCGGGGCCUUGGCCUUCCACCCGCCCCCGCCGGGAUACCGCGGGGCCCUGGACGACAUCCUGGUGUUCGCCGCCGCCUGCCGGCACGCGGGGGUGCAGAUGUUCGUCUCCAACCGGGAGCAGUUCGGGUUCCUGCCGGUGCCGCUCCCGUCCCGGAGCUCCCUGCGCGACGAGGCCGAGAACUUCCUGCACGUCCAGCUGGAGAUCAUGGUGAAGCUCCCUCCGGCCGAGCCCUCCCCCAACGUUUGGGUUCCUCCCAAGGUCCUGGACAAGCUGGGAUUCGAUGAGGUUUUCCUGAUCAACCUGCGGCGCCGCUCGGACCGCCGGGCGCGGAUGCUCCGGACGCUGCAGGAGCUGGGAAUCUCCCCCAAGCUGGUGGAGGCCGUGGACGGGCGGGCGCUGAACCGCAGCCAGGUGGAGGCGCUGGGGGUGCGGAUGCUGCCGGGAUAUCGGGAUCCGUUCCACGGGAGACCCCUGACCCACGGCGAGAUCGGCUGCUUCCUCAGCCACUUCCGCGUCUGGCAGGAGAUCGCCGAGCGGGGCCUGCAGCGCUCGCUGGUGUUCGAGGACGAUUUGCGCUUCGAGGUUUUCUUCCGGAGCCGCCUGACGGAGCUGAUGGAGCAGCUGGAGCAGGCCGGGAUCUCCUGGGACCUCAUUUACCUGGGCCGGAAGCGUCUGGAACCGGCGGGUUCGGAGCGGGCGGUUCCGGGCGUGCGGCACCUGCUGCGCCCGGGCUACUCCUACUGGAGCCUGGGCUACGUCCUGGGGCUGAGCGGGGCCAGGAAACUCCUGCGGGCCGAGCCCCUCGGGAAAAUGGUGCCUGUGGAUGAGUUCCUGCCCCUCAUGUUCGACAGACACCCCAGCCCCGAGUAUUCCCGGUACUUUUCCCGGCGGGAUCUGGAGGCGUUUUCUGCGGAGCCGCUGCUGCUGUUCCCCACUCACUACACGGGGGAGCCCGGCUACGUCAGCGACACCGAGACGCCCCCGGCGCCGCCCCGCGACGAGCUCUGACCCCAAAAUAAAAUUUACAUCUUUAUUUUUAAA